UUUUAGCCUGCUGGCAGGUCUGAUUCGACCGUCAAUCGUAUCGUUUUUGCAAGCUACAUAGCGCACGUACGCCAAAAAAAAAAUCUAUAACUUUCCUCUCUAGCCAUCAAAUGAGCAAGUCCUCCGUCCAAACCCCUCAGACAAUUAAGCCCGCCAUUGCAGCCAACUCUGCUCAACCAUCUCAGGCUCGCCCUGCAUCUUGGUCUAAGGGGGUCUCACAAGCUGUUACUACCCCGCCUCCGAAUUCUGUCGCUACUUCAAACUCUACAUCUCCACGAUCUCAAUCACCUAGCAAUGGCGCAAAAUUUCAGGGACACGCUCGAAGAGUUAGUAACCUUGGACCAGGCGCUCCGGCGACCAAAGAGAGCGUCACUAUACCAAAGGGUAUCGCACGCGUUAAAAACACAUCAUCGCCAAUUAGCUUCGGUUCGAUAGGUGAUGCAAAUGCUACGCUCUCUAGCUCCCCCGCACAAGUGCCUCCAAUAUCGGAAGGACUUAAUGUGCAGAAAUUUGGCAGCCUGAACGCUGAAACAAACACGUCCACGUCAACCAGUUCAAGCAAGGCUGCACCCGCCAAUGCGGCGUCACCUAUACUCGCUGCAUCUACCAACACGAGUGUUGCCAAACCACCCCGGCGAAAAGUUGACGUCAACUCCUUCUUCCAAAGUGCUCCCACUCCAGGGAAUCCCUCUUCUCCUGCACCGAUACCACCUUCUGUGGCACCACCCGGGCCAGCUGGUCGUGCGGACCCGCCUGGCUUCCCGCCGUCCCAGAGGCUGAGCAAUCCCCCACCUCCUACUCCUACUUUCAUUCCCAACCAGCAACCACCCUUCCGUCAGCCGUCGCAAGGUCCUGCACAGAGGUCUCCGCAGUUAUCCCGCGCGCAACCGGCUGGCCCCACUGGAGGCCAUUCGUCUGGUGCAGUUGCAGCCCCAAUUCGAGCUGGGCACCCUCAGCCUAACGGUAACCUAGCGCCUGUCCCUGUGAAUACGCAUCCUACUGCCCCCAUGAGCAGUCCACGAAUGCCUCAGGCCGCGCUAGGCCAGUCCCCGAUCCAAUAUCCGUACUCGCCCUCGGCUCGCCCGCACGAUCCCGGUUUCUCAUAUCCAUACUAUCCCUAUGGCGAACCAAUGGGCUGGCCGUACCCUGUUCCCCUGUUCACUCCUGGAAUGCCGCAGCCCCCCAUGCACCAUUCUACUAUGCCUCAACCACAUUCUCCCGUACCUCCUUCACCACGAGGCAAUCAACUUCCUCCCCCUACACCUACCCUUCCCCCAAAAACAUCAACUCCGGGAACCCCCACAUUGGGACCGGCCCGUUCCGUGUCAUCGCAGUUAGGACAACCCUCAUCGGCAGGUCUUUCGCCACAAGCAGCAUCCUUCCUACCUCGUGGAUCCAAUCGGAGCAAUCCAAUUUCUAUCAAAACGCCUGAUGGGAAACCGGUAGACAUAAAACAUCCUCCUACACACACACGCACCGUUUCGACUACCUCUGUUACCCUCCCUGGCCCAUCCAGAGGGGUCCGGAUGGAGAGUGCAGCGGAUCACGCAAAGCGGCAGGCUGAGGAGGAACGAAAGAAAGAGGCAGAGGCUAGAGUGAGACGAGAGAAGGACGAAGCUGAGCGGAAGCAACGUGAGGAAGAGGAACGCCUUGAGAGGGAGCGCAUUGAAGCGGAGCAACGAGCUAAGGAAGAGGAGGAGCGCAAGGCCAAGGAGGAAGCUGAUAGGAAGCUCCGAGAAGAAGAGGAGCGAAGAGAGGCUGAGCAAAAGGCCAAAGAAGAUGCGGAUCGCAAGGCUCGGGAAGAAGAGGAGCGCAAGGUUCGGGAGGAGGAACGCAAGGCUCGGGAAGAAGAAGAACGCAAGGUUCGGGAAGAGGAGGAACGUAAAACGCGAGAAGAGCAGGAACGAUUGCGACUGCAGCGUGAAAAGGAGGAGGAGGAGGCUCGGGAGCGGCUUCGUCUUCAGAAAGAAGAAGAGGAGCGUGCUGCUCUUGAGGCACAAGAAGCUGCUGAGCGAGCCGCUAGAGAAGAGGAGGAGCGUCGUCGUAUUGAGGCCGAGGCCGAAGCAGAGUUGGCUCGUGAAGCUGAAGUUGCUGCUCUUGCUGCCAAGGCCGAAGCUGAGCGCCAGGCCGCAGAGCGUAAGGCCCAAGCAGAGGCCGAAGCUCGUCAUUCUAAGGAAGUAUUGAAGACUGAAGCUGAAGGCAUCUCCAGUACUCCCAGUCCGCCACCCUCGCUUCCAUCUAAACCAGUGAUGGGAUUGUCCUUGAAACGUCCUACUCCGGGGCACUUAGACUUAUCACAGGCAACCAUUCGCGAUGCUUCGACCGCUCCCGUUUCUGCUCUCGCAUCGGCCAGGAUCAUUCAGGACAUCGAAUCCUUCAGUUACCCUGAGGGCAUCAAGAGUCCUGCUCCUGAGUUGAACGUUAAUGCAGAGAAGGGCAAGUUCCGUUAUGACCGUCAGUUCUUGCUUCAAUUUAUGGAAGUCUGCAAGGAACGGCCAGACGCUUCGCCGAUCCUCAAUGCUCUUGGUAUUGACAAGAGUCAGAGUAAAGCUGAGGAGACCAGCGGACGACCGGCCAAAGCGCGUGGAACGGGUCCCAUGCCUCCACCGUCAGGACGAUCGACUUCCAUAGGCGGUUUUGCGUUUUCUGGCAGUGGCAAAAGUGGGAUGGCCAUGAGUGGUGCUCUGGGCGGCUUCGCUGGGGCCCCAGCUAAGAGUUUCCAGGAACGCGUCACUCAAUCUACCAAUGUGCGCAGUGUGAGCAUGAACGUCCCUCCAUUCCCCACUCGAAACAACAUGUCUAUGGCUCGAACGCCGAGUCAGGGUGGUGUCGGUGCCAUCGGCCCCCAGAACACGAAGGAUCCCGUCAAUCCCCCCAUUCCUCUCGAACCUGUUAUUCCACUAACCCAGUCUGAGAAUCGCUGGCAAGUCAAAAACAUCCAGGCCACCCCUGAUAGCGUUGAUGACCCAAAAAUCGUCGAGCGAAAAGUCAAAGCAUUACUUAACAAGCUUACAAUGGAACGAUUCGAGAGCAUUUCCGAUCAAAUUAUCCAAUGGGCCAACAAAUCGGAAAAUGAAUCCGAUGGUCAAACUCUUAUACACGUUAUUCGCCUUGUUUUCGAAAAGGCUACGGAUGAAGCCACAUGGUCCGAAAUGUAUGCGAAGCUGUGCCGUAAAAUGCAAGAGAAGAUAAGCGAAGAUAUCCAGGACGACAAUGUGAAGAACUCGGAGGGAAUUCCUAUCAAAGGCGGCGCUCUCUUCCGAAAGUACUUAUUGAACCGGUGUCAGGAAGAUUUUGAGCGCGGUUGGUCUGCUAAAGAAAGUUCUGCCGCUGCCGCUGCGGCCAAGGCGAAUGAAGAUAAAGCAACAAAAGAAGCUUUCGACGCUAGGGAACAGAAGGCCGAAGGCGAGGUUGCUCUCUACUCCGAAGAGUACUAUGUUGCAGAAAAGGCCAAGCGACAAGGUCUCGGUCUCGUCAAGUUCAUUGGGGAACUCUUCAAGUUGCAAAUGCUGACAGCUCGCAUCAUGCACGAGUGUAUCAAGAAGCUUUUGUCGAACGUCGAUGAUCCCGAAGAAGAGGAGAUUGAGUCACUAUGCAAAUUCCUGACAACUGUCGGAAGGCUUCUUGAUACCCCCACGGCCAAAAAGCAUAUGGACAUUUACUUCUCCCGCAUGGAAGAGCUGACGAGGAAUGCAUCGAUCAAUUCUCGAAUGCGCUUCAUGUUAAUGGAUGCACUCGAUCUUCGGGAACGCAAGUGGCAAACUCGUCAAGCGGUCGCCCAGCCAUCAACGAUUGCGCAGGUUCACGCAGAUGCGGCAAGGGACCAGGCGGUCAAAGAGAGGGAAUCAGUCCAACGAACUCAGAUGGGUGGCAACGGUUGGUCAGUGGCUGGGAACAAUGCGAUGCCUCGACCACCGCCGACAAAGGCUGGGGAUCUGUCCAAGUUCGGCACGUUCUCGAAAGCACCGCCGCCGACGACGUUUGGUCCGUCCCGAGCGUUCUCGAAGAAAGAAGUUAAAGGAGGAGAGACGCCCGUUCUCUCUCGUCAAACUUCAUCCGCGAACAUGUUCUCUGCAUUAAACAGCGAUGGGGCUACCGAGGUCCCCCAAACAUCAUCAUCCAGUCGUGCUCCGAGCCGCAAACCGAGUGUCGAUCUGGGUGCGGGAGGAUUACCUGAGCCUCCUGUCCGGAAGAAGCUUAAUUUGCAGCCACGCACUGUCCCACAAGAGUCUGAGGAGACUGCAGUAGAAGGCCAGGGAGCCCAGGAUAAGAGUGAUACCGGAAGGGCGUCUCCAGUUGGUAUGACUGAGGCACAAGCUGAUGCACGGAUUGAGGAGGAUGUCAAAGAGUUUUGGACGCUUCGGAAUGUUGGCGAGGCACAACAUUAUUUCGAAGCACUGCCUGUGGUGCAUAGAUCACGAUUAGUCCUCAAGUUUGCCUCUACCGCGUUGGAGAAGAAAGAAGUCGAUGUGGUUCUUACGGCCGAACUGUUUAGCAAGGUUUCCGACGCUGGUCUUUGCUCGGGUGAGGUGUUUGAGGCAGGCCUGGCUUCUACGGUCGAGAUGGUGGACGAGCUUUCCAUCGAUAUCCCCAAGGCAUACUCAUUCGUCGCGAGACUGCUGAAAGGAUCCAAACUUUCUCAAUCGUCCAUCGAGUCGUUAACGUCCAAAAUCAUGGUUGACGGAGAUCCCCUAGUUCCACCUAGCAAAAAGCUAAUUAAAGAAUACGAAAAGCUCGAAUAAUACCCCGCCCGCAUCUCACGCCGCGCUACAUACCCAUCCGUAUAGAUCUCUCUUCGCACACACUUCGCUCAUCUAGUCACCAAUCCUACGUCCGCAUUUUGUGUUUUUU